AUGGACAGGUUGCACUCCUCCAUGCGUAAAAGGCUCUACAGUUUGCCACAGCACAUUGGACAGAAAGCAUCUAUAAUGGGCGAAGGAGAAGACGCAGACAAGGACACCAGGAGGAAGAGUCUUAGGAUGAAGCCUCUACCUUCACCGUCGCCGACCUCUGGGGGAAGCUGCAAAGGCAUCGGGGAGACCAAAAGUGGGGAGUCUGUGAUCAUGGAGACGGACAUGGGGAGACAGAUGAAGACCAGCUCGAAUGGAGAUUGUCGGAGAUUUCGAGGCAGCCUCUCGUCCAUCACAAGUCGCCAUGUGCACGACUCUGACUCGGCGGAGGAGAGGCGCCUCAUCACCGAGGGGGAUGUCACCCCGAGCGAGGAGAGCCCCCCCGGAGCCAUCGGUGAUGGGCCGCCGGAUCAAGGCGCGCAAGAGGCCAGCGGCGGCGGCGGCGGUACCCAGAAAGAUUCCCCAGACCAGCAACCAGGGUUUAUAAAGUUGGAUGGCAUUGAUCAAAUUCUGCCGGACGACGAGAGAUUAUAUCAAGCUGGGUUCAUACACAGACAGCUUGGGGCAAUGCUUCAACCAGGGGUCAACAAGUUCUCCCUGAGGAUGUUUGGAAGUGAGAAGGCGGUUGAACGGGAACAAGAGCGGGUUAAAUCCGCCGGAUUUUGGAUAAUUCACCCGUACAGUGAUUUCAGGUUUUACUGGGACUUGACCAUGCUGCUGCUGAUGGUUGGCAACCUCAUCAUCAUCCCCGUGGGCAUCACAUUCUUCAAGGAUGAGCACACGCCCCCCUGGAUCGUGUUUAACGUGGUCUCUGACACGUUCUUCCUCAUGGACCUGGUCCUCAACUUUAGGACGGGCAUCGUCAAAGAGGACAACACAGAGAUCAUCCUGGAUCCGCAACAGAUCAAGAUCAAGUACUUGCGGAGCUGGUUUGUGGUGGACUUUAUCUCCUCCAUCCCUGUGGACUACAUCUUCCUUAUUGUAGAGACGCGUAUCGACUCAGACUUCUACAAGACGGCGCGCGCCUUGCGGAUUGUCCGCUUUACAAAGAUCCUCAGCUUGCUGCGACUCCUGCGCCUCUCCAGACUCAUACGCUACAUCCACCAAUGGGAAGAGAUCUUCCACAUGACCUAUGACCUAGCCAGUGCCAUGGUGAGGAUCGUCAACCUGAUCGGCAUGAUGCUGCUACUGUGUCACUGGGACGGAUGCCUGCAGUUCCUGGUGCCCAUGCUGCAGGACUUUCCUGCCGACUGCUGGGUGUCCAAAAAUAAGAUGGUGAAUGACACAUGGGGACAGCAGUACUCCUACGCACUUUUCAAAGCUAUGAGCCACAUGCUGUGUAUUGGGUAUGGCAUGUACCCCCCGGUGGGCAUGACGGACGUGUGGCUGACCAUCCUCAGCAUGAUUGUGGGCGCAACCUGCUACGCCAUGUUCGUGGGCCACGCCACUGCCCUAAUCCAAUCCCUGGACUCAUCUCGACGGCAAUACCAGGAGAAGUACAAACAGGUGGAGCAGUACAUGUCCUUCCACAAGCUGCCAGCAGAUAUGAGGCAGAGAAUCCACGACUACUACGAGCACCGUUACCAGGGCAAGAUGUUCGACGAGGAGAGCAUCCUGGGAGAGCUGAACGAGCCGCUCCGAGAGGAAAUCAUCAAUUUUAACUGUCGAAAGCUGGUGGCGUCCAUGCCACUGUUUGCCAACGCCGACCCCAACUUUGUCACCUCCAUGCUCACCAAGCUGAAGUUCGAGGUGUUCCAACCUGGGGAUUAUAUCAUCAGGGAGGGCACCAUUGGCAAAAAAAUGUACUUCAUACAGCACGGGGUUGUCAGCGUCCUAACCAAAGGCAGUAAAGAGACCAAGCUGUCAGAUGGCUCCUACUUUGGAGAGAUAUGUUUGCUGACGCGGGGCAGGAGGACAGCCAGUGUCCGAGCGGACACGUACUGUCGCCUAUACUCGCUGUCCGUGGACAACUUCAAUGAGGUGCUGGAGGAGUAUCCUAUGAUGAGGAGGGCCUUUGAGACUGUGGCCCUGGACAGGCUGGACCGCAUUGGCAAGAAAAACUCCAUCCUGCAGCACAAGGUACAACAUCACCUCAGCUCUGGUGGACUCAACUACCAGGAGAAUGAGAUCAUCCAGCAGAUUGUGCAGCACGACAGGGACAUGGCUACCUGUGCCCACCUCUUGCAAAAUGCCCCACCCCAGUCGCCUCCUUCACCUACCCCUGUCAUCUGGGCUCCCCUCAUCCAGGCCCCUCUCCAGGCAGCAGCUGCCACCACAUCAGUAGCCAUUGCCCUGACACACCAUCCCCACCUUCCACAAACUCUUUUCAGGCCUCCUGUUUCUCUUCUGGGGUCCCUAAAGGACCCUCCCAGUCGGUUUAAGAAGUUCCACACAUUUGUUCCUCCAUCCACAGCACCUGACUCUGCUGAGGACUCUUCUUCUAGCACCCCCUCUAAACUGCACAGUGCGGUGGACAUGCCAUUGCUGGCCUCUUUUCGGGCCCUGCACAUGACAUCAGGUACAGGGGCAACUGGCUCUAGCCAACAGGCCUCAGGUAGCGGAGGCCAGCAUGGACCUAAUGGGGCUGGCUCUGGGUCCAGUGGUGGAGGGGCCUCGUCCUUCCCUUUUGGACCAUACUCUUCAUCUGGUUCACCCUCAUCUAGUAUGGCCCAGCUACACCCACAACCACAGCAUCAGCAGCCAUUUCGCUCCAGCACCCCACCCCUCUCAAAUCUCUUCCACCAAGGAUCUACAGGUGGAAGCACAGGGUCAGGGAUAAGUGGAGGGGCAGUUGGAGCCUGUGGUGGUGCUACAGGGUGGUCUUCAGGUGCAGUCGGAGGGUCCGUAGAAGGAGCCACAGGAGGAGACUCUGCUUGGGCUGGAGAGGACUUUACAACCGGAACGACAGGGCCACUGCCUGGGGUGCACUUUGGGUUGGGAGGAGCUACUGGCGGAUCAGUAGUAGAGAUCUCAGGGGAAUCAAUGGGAGGGAUAUCUGAAGGAUCAGUGGGUGCUACUUGUGGCAGGUUAGCAGGUGGUGCAUCAGGUGGAUCAGCGGGGGGUAUGAACUGCGGGUCAGUAGGAGAUGCAAACAGGAGAUCGAUGGGAGGGAGUAUUAGAGCAUCAAUGGGAAGAGUCUCCAGGGGAUCAGUAGGAGGGGCUUCUGGAGAAUUACCAGUAGUGACAACCACUGGAGGAUCAUUAGGGAGGGCUUCCGGUGGAUUCACUGGCGGGGUCUCUGGGGGGCCACUUGGAGGUGUUUCUGGUGAUUCUAAGCUAGGGAGUUCUGAAAGAUUUUUGGGAAGGGUUUCUGGUGGAUCCACAACUAGCCAUAUAGGAGGAAGUUCAAGUGGGUCAGGGGGAGGGGUGAUUGGACAUACUGGCAGAGCAUCAGGAGGGGCAAUAGGGAGCCACAUAGGAGGGUCUACAGCUUCUCCUGCAGGAGGGACUUCUGCUGGAUUUACAGCUGGACUUCUUAGUUCCUCCCGUUGUCAGAGUCCUGUAUCUACAGGCUCAUCCAGCCCUAUGCCCGGUCAGCUUCACCAUAGCCAGCCACCUCCCAAGCCUCCUCAAGUUGCUCCUUUGCAGCAGUUUGCUGGGGGAGGCAGGACUACCAGUGGCUUAAACCUCUUCCAUUCCCCUCCACAUGGCUCCCCAUCCUCUAGCAGAGGACAGCACAGCAGCCAGCAACCUGCUGAGAGCUCCCCAUCUUCCCUCAGCCAUUUCAGCCUGGCAGGCCUCCAGUCUGGCUUCCUGCCUCACCAGAUGUCCCUGGAGAGGUCUGCCCUGGCCUCCCUUGCCCAGUAUGGUUCAGCAAAUGCAUCCCCCUGCCUUACCCCAGUGGCUCCCAGUCCUACUAUUCAAAGCCCUGUGGCAGGCAGGACUUUCCACUACAGCGACCCAUCGAGUGCCACAGGAUCCCACAGUUCUCUGCUCAUGCCUCAGUCUUCUCUUCCUUCGCAGCUUCCCAGCCAGCCACACACGACAGGGAGAGAUUCUCCAUUGGGUCGUUUUUCCGAGGACCUAAAGCUUUUAUCCAGCUCACACUCAUCUUUGCCCCAGGAGGUGGCCCAGGCCUUAGGCCACCAUACUCCUCAAUCCUCUGUGGAAACUGGAUAUUACCCCUCACCCUUUUCCUCACCCACUCUUGUGCCCAAACCCUGUAGCUCAGUGCCAGGGCGCAUGACUCCUCCCAUCCAGAUGUCUCCGGGGCACCAUCACCAGACUCAGUCCCCCGGGGCCUCCCCGGCCUUGCCUCUACGGAGGGCCUCUGCUGCCUACUCAUCAGAUCUAGAACCUCAAACUGUCCGCUCGAAACUCCCUUCCAAUUUGUGAGGAUUGAUCACACCCUCCUGUGCUCCUCCAAACUGAAACACACACAAACUAUCUCCAUGUGUGACAUUCUUUUCUUUCUGUCUUCAGACUUCACUGUGUUCCACCUCUCAUUUUACCAAGAUCUUAAAAAAUUACUGUGAUUUAAAAUAUAUUUUACCGGGUAACUCUGAGCUCUAGAAUACUCUAUAUUUGUUUUAUGCUUUGUCCUCUUUCUUUAAUCAUAAAUACUGUACAUAGAUAAAGAUAUAUUUAAAUGAUAAGUUAACCAAGGGACUAGGAGGGUGUGAAAAAGAUCUCCAUUUAAAGGACAGUCAUUUUCUUAAUUUCUAUAACUAUGCCAAAUUCAUCUGGUGAUGUUUGGGAAGACAGUUCAGUGGACUACACAAUAAUACUCUUUUUCUGCAGGAACCUAUGCACUAAUACCUGCAUGUAUAAAUGCUUUUUGUGUGUUUCAAAAAAACUAUCUAAAUUUUUAGGAAAAACAACAUGCUUCGAGAAAGGCUAACCCUUGUACCAUCUCAUACAGGAUCACAUAUUGUUGAUCCUUAUACGUAUCUAUUAGAUUGUACUUAUUUAUCCUGUGUAUAAACUUUUCAAAACCUAAUGAGAGAUGGAGAAGAGAUUUUAGGAAACCAAAAAGACUUUUCCUGUGGGGUAAUAAUUCACCUCCUUUUGGCCCGUCAAUCCUUAUUUUAUACCACUUUAUCGUAAUAAUACUGUUUUCUGAAGCAGGGGGAGAGGGGGUUUAGCGAGCUGCCCUCCAUCUCAAUAUUGAGACAUAACAGUAUGUGAGCGACUGGCUUUCUACAGAGUCCUCAACCAUGUCCUAACAAGCUCACUUUGUCUUCCAAGCUCAUGCCGCUAAUGUGUGUAGAAAGCAUGUGUUGUUUUUUCUUCCUGACUGUGUGCAACUGUUAAUGUGUGAGUGUAAGUGUGAAUAAGUGUGUGAGUCAGUGGAAAGACUUUUCCCUGGACUGAUCAAAUGGAUGUUUGCCCUUUUUCACACAAAAAACUAGGACUUCCAUUAACCACAGCUUGUGUGUUGCAUUGUGUAGCACUCAGACCGUUUAAAAACAGUCAAAUAUAUAAUAGCCCCAAAGCUAGACUGUCAGUCAUUGAGCAAAUGCAGUAUACAGUACACAAGCUGAAAUAUCCGAAAAGUGCUGGAAACACGGAAAUAUGCCACUUGAUAUUUGAUUUGUGCAUUACUUCUUCUACUGUAGCUGCUAUGUCAUCGACAUAGACAUGUGUCCUCAUUGAAGGUCAGUGCUGAGAUUGAGAUGUUGAAUGUAUGUUUAUUUGGUCUUGCUAAAAGUAAGUACUGUAGCUAUGGUGGAUGCACUGAAAGCACGGUGCCCCCGGGGCUUAAGAGACUGUUCCGUAAUUGGUUAAAUAUCUUUGACAGACGUUUUCAUCAGCAGCCAUUUCUCCUGCCAAAGUGUCCUUUAGCAAGACACAGUACCGACUCAACUGCCCACUUUUUACUGCAUGUUCUCCACAAAGUACUCCCCAUACUGCUGCUUCUGUACCUCUGAGCGAAAUUGCUUGCAUGAAAGUGCAGGGAAAACUUUUACAACCAUUGGUUUGACUUUUGUCUCUUCACUUUUGAGUGCAUUGCUGCAGGUUUCUCUGGAUUCAUACAAUAUACAGGCAUACGUGGAUUACAUCUAGAUUUAGCUGUUGCAGGCCAAAAAUCAAAGGUGGAAAAAGAUCCAUCAUAUAAUCAUUCAGAAACUGGUGGCACUGCCAAAAAAACUCACAGUGGUCAAGUAACCUGAGUGCACAGUGGAGGAAGGUAUCACUAAAUUCCCAUGGGAGAGGAGCAGCGGUAUGCUUCUACAUGUUUGUCUGUAGCUCAUCACCAAGACACACCCGGGCUCCACUCAGACAGCUGAGUCCCUAACUCAGUCACAGCACUCAGCCACGGCAGCCUAAUUUAACAAGACAUGUCUGUAAUCCCUUGACCCUCACAGGCUAUCAUGGACUCACGCACAGGGGUGCACGGUGACCACGCUGUCCCCUCAUUACAGUUCCCAGAAGUCCCUGUAAUAAGGUAUAGCGAUACACAUGACAUGACACGCAGCUGCAUGUGUGCACAUUCACAGACGUGCUCACAACAACAAGAGAACUCAUGUACUGCUCCUGGCAAAAGUAAGAAAUCUCUUUUUUUUAAUCUACGACAUUACGUUGUUAAAAAUAUCUUUAAGCUCAUGUUUGACCGAUUGAUUUUCCACUCUUUUAUUGCACUCAGAUCGCCAGUCCAGUUUAUAUAGCUGGCAGUUCUUACCAAUUUUAUGCUCAGUAAUUUGAUGUACAAUUUUUGUUGAAAGAAUGAAUACAUGUACCGUAACCUAGGAAGAUUUAUUAUUUUUCAUCCAUUAAUAAAUAUCGGUUUAGUCGUUGAUUGCAAGUAGCUUGGUCCAAGCACAGAGGGUUACACAUGUACAUUAUUACUGUAUAUUCAUCAACUGCCUUGUAAGAUAUUGGGGCAACGCUUUGAUUAAAUAAGAACAGUCUUUAUCAUCAACAUAAAGGGGAAAGUCUUUCUUAGAACACUGCAACUUUGUUACAUUUUAGGGUUGAUUGUGUUGUUCGAUGAUGAAUUUUCUUAUUGUUGCUUGGAUAAAUUGUCAAAAGUAGACAUUAUUAUGUGAUUUCAAGAUUAUUGCUGUAGAAAAAAAAUAUAGCAACUCGAAAGGCACUUUGGAAAGCGCAGAACAAAAACAAAUAUCAUGCAGUGUUAACAAAAGUGAAAAAAAAGUUGUGUAUCCAUCUCGUGACUCUGAUCAAAGACAAACAAACAGACAAACCGAACUGAACACCUAACCUCCUUAGCAGAGGAAACAAUCAAUGUUAGUGGUAAACAAAAAUGCUUAAUUUUCAAAGUAAAUGCAAACCCAACAGAUGAAUGCACUUUGUCCAGGCAUGAUUCUUGCUAUGAGUACUGAAACAUAGGAUUAGAGAAGGCAGAGUGAGGGGAAGUGGACACAGCAAGAACUCUAUGAUUAGCUUAUCAUUACAGAAUUACUCUUAAAUUAGAUUACAUAAGUGAAAUCAAUAAUGGCUUGUAGCUUUCAUCUGGAUACGCAUGACCUUUUCAUGGUCUUCUUCACAGACGGAGCAGGCGUUACUAAUGGCUAGAGCAGUGUUUUCUUCACCUCUCCCACAUUUAACACCUUGUCUGCAGUAAACAGCUAUCUGAAACAUAGACGUUGGCCAGGACUCUUUAGAUCACCAUCCACAGGGGCUGAAGGGGGGAAUGGGACAAAGCUCUGUGACAGAAAAUAAACCAAUAAAACAAUUUCACCUGUGGAAUACAGAUUGUCUGCACACAGUAUAGUGUUGAAACCUCGGUCUUCCUGUACCUGCUAGCCUCGCACUGCACAAAAGCAGACAGACUGCUGUGCCUCGCACAUCAGAAAAAAGUCACUUUUUUUCCUCACAAUACGACCUUAUUAAGGCAUGGAGUUGGAGAACAGUUUGAAGCCAGUCUGUGAGACAAAGGUGUAG